AUGGCAGACAGCCCAGCGAUACACGAGAUAUCCAGUGGAGACGAAUACAACUCACUGAGCAGUGGCGACGAGGAGGAAUACGAAGUCGAACGCAUUGUGGAUCACAAACGAUUGACUCGAGGUCGAUACAAGUAUCUGAUCAAGUGGAAGGGUUACAGCGAUGAAGAAAAUACAUGGGAGUCAGAGGAUAACAUUGCUGCACCAGAACUAAUGGAUGAAUAUUGGAGGAAUCAUGGUGAUGAUGCUGACACUGCACGCGAAAACAAAAGGAAACGCGUGACAACUCCAGAUGAGGACGCACGUGCCAUGCCACCGCCACCACCACGAACACCACGACGUACUCGGCAAGAUGACAAUCAACGACAAAGACUUGGACGACGCACAGUGAAAUUCAAUGGACAUGAUGUGAUUGUGGAUGAUGCUUACCCUCAAAAUGCGGAUAACAUCGAUUGGGAAAAAGAGGUCAAGGCUGUCGAGCUUGUAGGACCUCAGGCAAAUGGUGGACUUGAAGCUGUUAUCCAAUGGAACGAUGGAAAGUACUCAUUGCACCCUUGCCCCUUGCUUCACCGGAAAUGUCCAAUCAAGUUACUCAAGUAUUACGAGAACCUGCUAGAGUUCAAUGUUCGUUAA